AUGUCGCGUCCCGAAGAUGUUCUGCCCCCCGAUCUCUUCUAUGAUGAUACUGAAUCUCGAAAAUACACAACAUCAUCCCGUAUCCGUAAUAUUCAGUCGGAUAUGACCCAUCGCGCGCUCGAGCUGCUCGAUCUCCGGUCCCCAUCUUUCAUUCUUGAUGUCGGUUGUGGCUCAGGGUUGUCUGGCGAGAUACUCUCACAGGUACCACCUGAGCAAGGCGGACCUCAUGUCUGGGUCGGAAUGGACAUUUCACCCAGCAUGCUCGACGUGGCGCUGCAACGAGAUGUAGAAGGCGACCUGCUUCUGGCCGAUAUCGGACAGGGAGUGCCAUUCCGGCCAGGCAGCUUUGAUGCAGCGAUCAGUAUCAGUGCUAUUCAGUGGCUGUGCAAUGCUGAGACGAGCGAUGUGAGUCCUGAAGGUCGUUUACGUCGAUUUUUUGAGGGGUUAUAUGCCAGUCUUCGCCGCGGAGGACGGGCAGUAUGUCAGUUCUACCCAAAGAAUGACGCCCAACGGACCAUGAUCAGUGGCGCUGCCAUAAAGGCUGGCUUCGGGGCUGGUAUUUUAGAAGAUGACCCUGGCACGAAGAAUAGCAAGCUCUAUCUCGUGCUGACUGUCGGCGGUGGAGGUUUGCAAGGAGAUAUCACUGGUGUUGUCAACGGCAUGAGUGAUGUCGAUGUCCUGGAUGCUAGGAGAAAGGCGGCGGACCGCACCAAGGUGCAGACUCCCAAGAAGGGGGACAAAGCCUGGAUUUUACGCAAGAAAGAUCAGAUGGCAAGGAAAGGAAAAGUCGUCAAGGCAAAUUCCAAAUAUACAGGAAGAAAAAGACGACCUGCAUUUUGA